UGGCACCGUUGCGGGGCCGGAGCUGGAAAGUUUCUGAGUGCGCGGCCGAUUGCGCGAGCGUGCGUGCGUGCCUGGCUGGCGUGUUGACAUGUUGACAUGUUGACAUGUUGACGUGCACAAGAAGGACAGGAGGACGAGAACGCGGGCAGAAGCGCUGUACGGAAGGCACUACAACAGAGAGCACACGUCCAGAGACAAGAUGGGUCGAUCCGAACUGGAGGCGUGCAUCGAGCAGAGCAUCCGGCAGAUGAACGAGCUCGACAGCAGGGCCGUCGCCGAGGGCGUGAGAAGCGUGCACACGCUGCUGCUCCGGCUGAUCCAGACGAACCGCGGGCAGCUGGCGCCGCCGGGCGGCUCGGCGAGGCACGAGCCGGCGGUGGUCGACACCAGCACGCUCAACACGCUGAGCAGCGAGCCCCCGGAGACGCCACGGCCGGAACGGGGCCAGGACCGGGGGCUGGAGGAGUUCCGCGGGCUGCAGGACCGGGCCGAGUACAACCUGGCGACCCAGCUGCUGCUGCUGCUUGUGCGGGUGGCGAACGGCGAGUUCGCCGUCAAGACCGAGGCCGACGAGCUCGUUGUGCGCGUGCUGCAGAUCCUGCAGGGCGUGCUUCUCAUCCAUCCGAGGAGCCGGACCUGUUUCCGCGGCAAGCACAACAUCCGCCUGCUCAUCGACCUGCUCGACCCCCAGUCCCGCGUGCAGCCCAGCUUUCUCGUCAUCAUCGAGUGUGUGCUCAUGCUUGUGUCGCUUUUCAUCCGCAAUGCCGAGAACCUGCGCAAUUUCGAGGACUUGCGCGGGGUCGAGCUCAUCUGCAAGCUCAUCAAGGGCGACUACAGCGACGGCGACGCUCCGGCCCCUGUUCCGCCUGCCGCGACAGCCACCCUGACGUGGCACAGCGUGCGCAUCAAGAGCCUUGAGUUCCUCUUCUUCUACCUCAUCCCCGAGUUCCACGGGGACGAGGACGAGGACCAGCCGCCACCCGCGCCCGCCUCCGACGCGUCGCCCGCGCCCCGCACCCCUGCCACCGUCGUCGGUCCAGAUGGCGUCCUCCGCAGAGGCAUGGCAAGCAAGAUCGCCAUCCUCAAGCGCUUCCUCAACGACGAGUUUGUCGACGGCAUCGUGCGCGAGUUUGUUGCAGACAGACCCUUUGGCGUCUCGCGCGCCGUCUGGUAGGCGGUCGACCGACCCCGGCCGCGAGACGCGCGCUGCGCGCGCGCUACUCCGAACACGGAGUCGGACGCUCACGGGCCCCCCGGCACGGAAGCGCCGGGAGCUGCAGCGGGAACGAGGUCGGAGCACGCCCCGGGCGCCCCGGGCCUUAUCUGCUGCGCAUGUGUACACUUUCUGCAGACACCGCUAGUAUUCUAAUACCACCACCACCGUACUACUGCACUACU